GUGUGUGUGUGUGUGUGUGUGUGUUCUGUUGAGUUUUGCUGAUUCCCCCCCCCCUUUAAAUCAUCUCCCACAGAGGUGGUGGGAGGGGAGAGAAAGGAGACAUUCUGCAGUUCGAUGAUAGUGUUUUUGUUCUUUGCUUAAUCCCUUCUGGCAACAUGUUUGCUUUUCUGUACAGUUUUUGCCCCCUUGUUUGGAAAUUAGCGAGUGGUAGAGAUUUCAUUUGCUAGGAAGGUAAGCUUCUCUGUACAUGUCUAUUAUGUGCGAAGAACUUGAUGUUCAAAUAAUUCCUUCAGUGUAAAUCCCGUUUGUUCCAAAAUUUGCUGCUGGUGUUUCCGUUAAACCUUCUAGUAACACCUACCUGAAGAAUCAUAGUCAUACAAAACACAUGCUAAGGCCUCGGACAAUAACAAUAAUCUGGAAAAACUUUGGUAUUGCAUCAGCUCAAGGUUUUAAUCGGCAGAUAAAAUUCCUUUAGUAGGCUCUCUGUCCCACUUUUGGCUUCAAAGGGGGAGGCAUACCUGCCAAGUUGCUGUCAGAGAAAUAAGGGACCGGGCGGAAGUAGCAGACUGGAAGUAGCGCUGCCGCCAUUUUGGAACUGGGAGGAGCAUGCUCAGAAGUGACUUUUGAUGCUGCUUUGCCCAGUUCCAAAAUGGCCACCAUGCCAGAAGUCGCAUUGCAGCCAUUUUGGAACUGAGCAGAGCAGCAUCAAAAGUCGCUUCUGAGCAUGCUCCGCCCAGUUCCAAAAUGGCCACCGCGCCAGAAGAAACCGGGGGGAUCCGUUUUUCAGCUAGGAACAGCUGAAAAAAUGGGGAUUUCCCAGGGAAUACGGGAGACUUGGCAGCUAUGGGGGGAGGCAGACAAAGAUGCAAGAAUGGAAGAUCAGGCUGGCAAGCUUUGCUUUAAGUGAUCUAUUUUCCCUGCAGACACUAUUUGGCAUUGUACCUAUUCUUUGUGCGUAACACUGUGGCCUGCAUUUUAUAGAUUUGUUUGUUUUUAGUGGGUUUGUGGGUGUGCACAUGUUCACCACGUUAUUUAGGAAAUCAAACUUAGAGACCCUGGUCCUUUUCAACAUCACAUUUGUAUGGCAAGGAUGAUCAGACACUAAUUUGAGGGUUAGGCAGGCUACAGGGUUCAUAAGCCAGGAAAGGAAAUCAGGACAAAAGAGCCUGGACAAAAGGCAACAAGACCUUUCUCUCUCAUCUCUUUCAUCACCAUGCAGCAUCGUGGUUGUUGGUGUUCAGAGGUGAUUGUGCAAAUUCAACUUUUAUUUUAGAAGAAAUGUUGAAGGUUGGAGCCCAGAACUCUGAAGACGGGGAAGGCACCUGUGUAUCAAAAUGUACAAAUAUAAAUAUAUCAGGAUAAUGAAGAACAAACUGAUGUUUAAAUGAAAUUCUGUAAUAAGCACUGGUACAGAUACUACUUUGGAGACAUUCAGAGAUCAAAGUGAGGCAGAUCCAAUAUAAGGCAGGAGAACCUAGAAUCAGUAAUUAAAUAAAACAAUGUUGGGGAAAAGAUUCUUGCAUUGCAGGGGGUUGGAUGACCCUUGUGCUCCCUUCCAACUCUACAAAUCUAUAAUUCUAUGAAAUCCACAGUUUUCUGGGAAUCCUUUUCUGUGUCCAAAUAAUCAGCUACAGUUUAGUUAGGCAGGUAGAACAAGUCCCAGCAGUUGAGGAAUGAAGCAUUCUGAAAUCAUUAGAACUAGGCAAAUAUGUCCAAGUAUAAAGAUUCUGAUUCUAUUCCCCCCCCCCCGAAGCUGACUACAUUAGUCUUUGCUGACCACGUUAAAGGGACACAGGCUGAAAUCCUAUUCACACUUGGGAUAAGCCUCACUGAACCCAAUGGGAUUUAUUUCCAAGUAGCUACACAUAAGAUUGCACUCUGAAGCAGAGUGGUAGAGUGCAUUGUACCACUUGCCUAUAAUAUGUAGUAGAAACCAUUUCUUAAUGUUUGCAUUAAAUACCUCCUGCAAGUAAAAGUGACUAGCAUAUAAUAAAUGUUCACACAACCAAAAGUACUGUACUAUAUAUUAUGUAUAUGAAACCAAUGGUCAUUUCCCAAAGUUUUCUUGUGACCCAGGCUGGAAAGUAUUUUCCAAUAAAUGUCUCUUUGAGGUAUUGUAGCAUAUGCUGUAUAUUUUCUAUUCUAAUCUUCUCUGUGUUAAGCAAGAAAGCUCAUACCUAUGACAAACUUAAGGUAAAGGUAAAGGGACCCCUGACCAUUAGGUCCAGUCGUGACCGACUCUGGGGUUGCGCGCUCAUCUCGCAUUAUUGGCUGAGGGAGCCGGCGUAUAGCUUCCAAUUUCAAUGGGAGUACAGCAUUUCAAAAAUCCAGCUCUGGAGCAGGUCCCAGGCUUUUUGAAGCUGUCAGCCCAGAGACAUACCCUGGGGCUUCUAGAGCUUGUGUUCAUAACAACAUGCAAUUAAACUAAGGAUGGGUUGUUUGCGAACCUGGCUGCAUUUCCCCUUGUUUUUCUUAUUACUUAGGCUCUUGUGUGAAUCCUGGUCUUCAAAAGUUGAAGGAGAGGUGAGUGUAAGGCACUAUGCUGUGUGCCUUACCUCAUAAAAAACCCACUCUGCCCAAGAGCUUGCAGUACAGAAGUUGAUUAAAGGAGAGAAGGGCAGAAAUCAAUGUAUAUUUUCAGUGCUUACUCUGCAUAAGUACUCACAGACCUCACAGAAAAUAUACACUAGUUUUCUGCCCUUAUGUCUUUUUGCAAUGUAGGACAAAGCAGUUGUGUUUAAUUAAUUUAUGCCUAUUGGACACAGUAUGUGGAUAUCUUACUGCAAAUAUACCCUUUAGUGCACCUCAUUCAGUUAUUCUAUAAUCAGCCCUGCAGAUAAGUUGUACAGUGGUACCUCCGGUUGUGGACGGGAUCCGUCCCAGAGGUUCAGUAAGAUCCCGAGGUUUCCGCAACCUGAGGACCGCUUCUGUGCGUGCAUGCAUGGCGAAACCCGAUAAAAUUCUUCCGGGUUUGCCAUGCACGCAUCCCGAAGUUUAUGUAACCAGAGGGUUAUGUAAACGGAGGUUGGACUGUAUUGGUUAUUCAAAGAUGUAGAGUUGCAUAGGAAUACAGUAAGCUUCUGUAUUGGUUUGCUUUGUGGGAUCAAGGACACAGUUCUCCUGCAUACUGUAUAUCUUUUCUCCUUAUGUGAAAUAGAUACAUAACAACUAGGACUAUUUUGCCUUACAAUUGCCUUAGAUAGCUGGGUAUUUACUGUAUUAUUAAUUAUAAUAUCACCAGGCUGUACUUGUACGUAGUGUCUCUGCAGGCACAUGUCUCAGAUUAUUAUAUAUAUAAUAUUUCUACUGAGCAGAAGUUGGCAUUGUCAAGGCCCAUCAUUGGGCAAUUGUGAUCACAGAGCUAUGAUGGGGAACCUGUGGUUCUCCAGAAGUUGUUGGACUCCAGUUCCCAUCAGCCACGACCCUCAUGCCGAAUGGUCAUGGAAUUGGAGUCCAGUAUCUGGAGGGCCACGGGUUCCCUACUCCAGCAUAGAGAUUUCAGUCUCUGAGUAGUCCAGCACAACAAUGGGAAUGCAAAUCUCUCCAUUCCCUCAGUGUGUGUGUGUGUGUGUGUGUGUGUGUGUGUGUGUGUGUGUGUUUUUCCUUCUCCUGAGCUGCAGCUACAAAUAAGCUAGGGCCAGAGGGGGAGGCCUUCAACACUGCUUUUUCAUGCCUGAAUAUAUAUCAUAGACAGAAAUAAUACGUGCCGUAUCCCUAUAUGGGCAUGUCCUCAGUAUGUCUGUGUUUGUGGGUCUGCCAUGCCAUGAGGCUCUUGUAGGGUUGGCUGAAGAAAGGUUGGCUACCCUUGCUCUAGUUAACAGUAUUCUAUAUUUUUGAAGAACAGAAAUAUAUAUAUGCGCCUAACUAAACAAACUCUGGUGUAUUUUGAUGAUACUUAUUUACAAAGGCAACGGACAUUUUGUGAAACUGGCUGCAGUUAUAUUUACUAUGGUUUCUCUGUAAUUUUCCUGACAAUGUGCAUGAUAAGUGUGGGCAUAUAUAUAAUUGCUUGCUUUAGGGGUUUCAAAUUAUAGCUUUUCCUGGUUUUGGCAGAAAAUCCAGACAGAGAGUAUCAUGAUGGUGGAAAUAGAAUUUGUUUCCCUCUAGGAACUGACCAUAGCAGCUGGUAAAGUUGUAUGGCAAAAUAAAGUGUUCAGAGAGAGCACAAAUUUGGAGACCUCCUUGGAGGCCUUUCUUAAAUCUCAGUGUUCAUAUAUUUAUUGUUCCAGGAACGGGGCAUGACUUGACCAGGGGAUCCAAAUGAAAGCAGAUGCAGGUUAGAUGUUUUGCUAUACUGUAUUGUACGGCAGUAUAUUUAGGACACUGCUAAUAUACUGGAUGAGAGGAUUGUGCCCCCUUACAUCUUGUCUCUUACCAAGAGAAUAAGCACCAGCAUUGGAUCACAGUAAAGGAUAAAUGCUAGAAACUGAAAGACAGGUGUUCACUAGUUCCACCAGUUUGAAACAUUAUUACUGUGUAUCCUUGGAGCCUGUGUAUUUUAAAAGGCAAGACAUUUUCAUGUAAAAAAACUAUUAUUAUCUCUGGCAAAAAAACAAAAAAAAAACCUUCAUUAGCUUCUUUCUAAGUAUAUCUUUAAACAACAUUGGCAAGACUAUGUCUCCAAAAUAGCACUUACCUAGAUUUCUAGGUUCUCCCAUUUUAAAUGUCUUUCUUACGUUAGUCCUGCUUUCCCCUUUAUUAUAGGGUUGGUUUUUUUAUGAACUUGGGUUGACUGCAAAGGUUAGAUGCCUAAUUUAGGAACCCCUCUUUAAAUGUUAAUCCAUCUGUACAGUAGCUCUCUGCAUUUGUUUUUCAACAGCCUGUUCCUAAAAAAGCAAAACUGGAUGUCUUUUUACUUCCCAACCCACUAUACUGCUUGUUACUUACCUGAGGAUGUUGUAGGAGUUCCUAAACUGCAGUUUUCUAUAUUGUAUAGCACUGUUUGUAUUAAAUUUUGUUUGCAGAUCAUCUUUCAUUUCUGCUGCCAUGUGGGUGUCAGCUUAAAAUACUUCUGAAAUAAAGGUUUACUAUGCUUCUCUGAUGGGACUAUUUUGUGUAUUCAAACCAAAACAACUGAAUACAAUUUGCAGCAUAAAAUGCUUCCAUCAGAAAGAAGCAUAAAGACAGCUGACUAAAAGACACAGAACACCAAGCAUGGUUUAUAACAAUAAGACUUUUGUGUGUGAGGGGGGAGGUGACAAUUUCAGCACCAGGGCACCACCACCAAGAAGCCCUCAUUUUAGUACUCACUCAUUUUACUUCACUUGGGAAGUGCUUCUGGAACAGAACCUAAAGAGGAUCUCACGAUGUGGAUUUAAAAAAUGGUAUUUCAGGUAUCCUAGUCCCAACUUGUUAAGGGCUUUUAAGCCGAAAACCAGCACUUUAAUCUUGGGCCCAGAAAUGAACUAGAAACUAGUGCAGUUAGUGAAGCACUGGCGUCAGGGCCGUCUCAAGCAGGUCGGGCGCCCUGGCGCUGAGGCGUGGAGAUCGCUCCGGUGCCCUCGCAGCGCGCAGCACGGCUUCCGCGCGGCUUCGCCACGCAGCGCCCCCCCCCUGCCGGCCCGGCGCCCCCGGGACUAUACCUAGAGCCGGGCCUGACUGGCGUCAUAUAGUCACAUAGCCCAGGCCCAGUUCACAAUCUCACAGUUCUUGUUUGGGCCACCUGCACUUUCCAGACAGUGUCCAAAGCGGCCUCCUGCAGAGCACAUUCCUAGUCUGCAUUCUGUUUCCAAAGUAACCAUCCAAAUGAUUCUUGAACCUUGCAAGCAAGGCUUCAAGUCACUGGUUACCCUUUGUUAACCCAUGGAUUGCAGCUUGCUGUUGGCAUGGCAGUGCAAAGGACAAUUUUUUAAUUUGUAGCAAAAGUGUGUCAGAACUAACCUACUAGGUAUGUGUUUCUGAAACGUUCCAUUUCAUAAAUACAAGCAGCUAUUGUGGAAACAGCAAAUAAACCUCUGGCAUAUCAGCAUUUUUAUUUAAUUUCCCUUGUGAUUUUGGAGAGCAGUCCAUUUUGAGCACACCAUUUGUGGUCCUUGGGUUACAGUUUAAGAAUUACCGGUGUAUUGCACAUGUAACUUCACCUUAUUUGCAAGGGACAAAGCAGAGUGUUUCCUCCUUAUAAUCAAUUGUCUGUACAGAGCUCACCUACAAAAGCAAAUCCAUAAGCAUUCUGAAGGGUUACAAACACAGUUGCUAAAACCUUGGAAUUCUUGGUUGCAAGUAAAAAAUAGGUAUAAAAGGGAAAUUCCUGGAUGUCAAGAUCAAAGUUUGGGGCAAGUACUCUUUGGUGAGAGAACCCCAACGGAGAUUAAAAAUCACAAAAUAUGCAGCAAAGUAAAGCAUGGAAGUAUAGGUUGUUAGACCUUUAAAAUAUGCCCUUCCAAUAUCCUUCCAAAGUUUUCCUCUUCCCCUAGCAAAAGACCAUAUGUUUGGUAUGUUAAAAAUGAUAAACUUACAAACUCCCCAAAGGGCAGAUUCAUGUGCUUUUCUAUACAGCAUUCAGAAAAAGUUCCACAGGCAGCAAAUCUUGACUUGGUUUCAGUGGUGUGAGAGCCAUACAGACUGAGCUUGGAGCAACCAGCUCAGACCUCCUCACAUGUUGAGCUUCUCAGGUAGUAGACUAAAAGGGAACAAAGGCUUGAUUAUCUAGUCCCUCCCAGGGUGAGCUCAGCCUCACAGGACAGCUUACUCCUCUAUGGCUUUAACCUGUUCAUGCAUUAAUUAGAUUUAAGCAUGUUGGUUAUAUGAGGCUGGUUAUCCCACAGGAAUGAUGUACAGUGAUGAAGGGAGAAGCUGAUAAGUUUGCAAUGCAUGGCUUAGCAGGCUUUGUUUCCUAAUUGUCCUGUUUUUUCUCAUGAGCAAGGAGAAGCUUGCAGCUGUAAGCUAAAUCUGGUAUUUAGAUUAGCUGGAGGAUUGAAAACAAUAGGCUCACCUUUUUAUUUCUGUUCUGCAAAAUAACUUCUAAAGUAAUAAACAUAUUCACCUUAAAGGAUCUCUUAAGGUGGGAGACAGCUUCACUCCAUGAGAGGACAUUUCAAGGUACUUUAAUGAGUAUUCCCACUCUACCAAUCUCCAUUAAGAAACAAAUAAGUAAAUGUGAAUCUUAAUUAAAUCACUGUCUUAUCUGCAAAACUUAAGUGACGAAGCCUUCAUUUUUUAUCCUUCUAAGGCUUUGUUUGAACUGCUCUUUAUUUUCCAAACUUUUGCAUUUAGCACACACAUUGCUCCACUGGUGUGGUAAGUCAUUAACAAGGAAUGCUUAUGUUUCCUGGGUGACGUAUCAUGUUGUAUCUAGCUUUUUCAUAUACCAUCUGGAGGCUCUCAAUCAAGAGUUUAUUUUAGUCAAGGAAAAGCUUUUUCAUUUACUAAAGGAGGACUUGGUUGGAACAAGAACAAGAAUAAUUACUAAAUUGGAAGCACUUGGUUUGGUGUGGUGUGUGUAGGGGGCAUAUCCAGAUGCUAAUAUUUCUGAUUUUAAGAAUUAUUAACAUGAAUGUGUGAAUUGUCUAGAAAGUGUUAGGUGGGUGGCGAACACAUUGCUUUCUGGGUCUAUUAAAAGUAUGGAGCAAAUUCUCAACUAAAAUGAGUUAAGAGACCUGCCUUUGAGUAACCACAUCACUCUUUUGUUCUGCUUAUAGAGCUACCUAAAUCCUAGUUGUAAAGUGGAGAAAUAUUCAAAGCUGGUUGAGUUCUUUUGCACCCCUUCUUUGCAGUUCAUCUGGCAAUUCUACAUGCUUGAACAAUGUGAUUAGUAAUCCAGGACACAACAUUACUGUUCUCUGAGGCUCUGAGAAUACUUACUGAGACACCUUGCUCACAUUAUCAAGUUGUGCAAAUUAAAGUGCCAAGUGGACAUUCACAAGUGCAGAAGAAGGUGGUCCCAAUCUGAAUUGGGUCUCACUCUUCAAAUAUCCUUUGGCUCUCAUCAAACCUGGAUCAUACAAAGUUGGCAUGCUUUGAUCAAAUGCCUGAGUGCCAUUGGGUGUUAUAUUUUGUUUUUGUCUUGCUCAGGAAGUUCCCCAGUAGCAAACCGUCCAGAGCUGUGGUUUAUUUUGACAGGCUGUAGCUUAGUGGAAAGAAUUUUUAUAUUUAUGAAAGCAGAGGAAAUGCCUGAGAUUUAUAAAACAACACAGAGAAAAGAGACAGUACAAACGGCUAUUUGGCAUGUGAUGUAACAGAAGUUUGAUUCAGGAACCAAAUUAAUCAAUAACCGAAUUCCUGCAAUUAAUAGACAAGCUUGUUACUAAGUUACUGGAUGAGAGGGGAAUUUGACAGUUUGUCCCAUAAAAUACUAAUCAUCAGAUAAAGAAAGAGUUUAUCCUAAUUUAUUUAGUAUUCCUAUAUUUUAUUUUAAUAGGAAGUCUUAAUGCACUAACAUUCAUAGUGCCUUAUGCAUUUAGGGACGGGUUACAUAUUUUGUCAUGAUUUUGCCUUCCUUUCAGUUUCUGUUGUUACUAAUGCAAUGGUAACUGCCUUUGGGUGUACCAAGAAAAAUGUUUGUUUCUGAGCUAGAGUAAUUAUAUAUUGGUGUGCAAAGAAUGCUUAGGCAGAAACUGCAGAGAACAGCUGGCUCUGAAUUAUGUUGUAUUAAGCAUUUUCCCUAAACUUAGCUUCUGAUCUAAACAUGUUUAAUCUUUAGAAUGUAUGAAAUGCUUUCUGUGAUUUCCUUUCCUUUCUUUCCUCAUACAUGACCUUGUUUAUGAAGGUCUUUUAGCCAUUGCUAGGUUUAUCAGAAAUAGCUGGGAUGAGGAAGAAGAGUUGCCGCCAUUCAUGUGCAUCCUACAGAUUCCCCUUCCCCUUCCUCACACAGCAAAGUCAGGGCUUUGAAAGAGUAAGGAGCAGUGGCACUUUAGGGAACUUUAGGGAAGUACGGAGAGUCACAAUAAGAUUUUAUUGUUCUCCUGUUUUUUUUAAGAUGGGAAGGAAAACCCAAAUCCUGAAGGUAAGUUAAGCACAGUUUAGAAUUAGAUCAUUAAAUAAAAUUUAUGUGACCUAAAACAUUUUUCUUCCACCCAGAUGUUUGGCAGAAGUUGCUUUAUGACUUUGCAACUUGUGGCCCAUGACCAUGUCCAUUUUAUAAAGUAGUAGCUGUCUUCUAUAAAUAUUUACAUUUUUAUUACUUGGGUGGAAUAUUACACACACAUAAAAAACGCUGUGAAAAUGCUUUUUUAAAAAAAGGUUUUGAAAAAUAUAUUUAAUUAUGCAUAACUCACUUUCGCCAUCUAGUGUCACAUUAGUAUAUUGCACUUUACAACCCAUUUAAUAUGUUUUAUUUGCAGCUGUGUAACUGAGUCCUUAGUUUCCAGAUGUGGUUCCUUGUCCUGAAUCUAUUUUCAAAGUUUGCUUUAAUAAGCUAGGAUCAAACUGGUUUCAGAUUCUGAAACUAUCUUCUCUAACAACAAAUCACAACUCUCCUACGUUCAGCUGUAAGAUGGAACUGUGAUUUGUUUUUAAAGCGAAAGCAUGAAAGGGGGAAAGAGGAAGAAAGCUGAGUGAUCCUGAGGCUCAUUGCAACUUGCUCCCAAAUCAUAUAAACCAUGUUUAUGUGAUUGUCUGUGCCAGCCCAGAAGAUCAGUUCCAGCCAUACGAGUCAUCUUUGUAUAUGAUCAGUCAAGGUUAUUAACAUAUGAGUACUAUUUUAAACAAAACUAGCAAAAAGACUUGUAGAAGACUUCCCUGCUAUACAUUUUAACCACGGGGGUGACCUGGUGCAGUACUAUUUCUGAAUACUAUUACAGUACUUAAAUUGAAAGCUCCUCUUUUGUUUCCUCUCUCUUCUGCAUUAAGCUGCAGGAGUUAGAAUGAGGAACACACAAAUGUCUUUCCAAUGAACAUUCAUGAAACAGUUCUGAUCAAUCCAUAGAUUUCUGUACUAUCUUUUGACAGGGUUAGGAUUUAGAUUGCAACUUCGUGGCUUGGACAAGUUGUUUGAAAGUCUGUAGAUUUCUUUAGGAUUUAGGUCAUUCUCUCAGACUCCUGCCAGCAAUUUUCUUUGUUUUGUCUUUAAUGGUAGUGGAAUUGUGUGUUUUUGUGAACAAUUGCAGUACAUUGUCUAAGGCUAUAAUCCAGUCUGCACACUUGGGAGUAAGCUUCACUAAGUACAGUGGAAUUACUGGCAAGGAAAUAUGUAUAGGAUUGGAGUUCACAGCUUUUCAGUUUCUCAUCUUUUCAAAGUUACAGCACAAACCUAACCAUGUCUUUUCAGAAGUACAGUGGUGCCGCGCAGGACGAAUUUAAUUCGUUCUGUGAGUCAAUUCGUUUUGUGAAAAAUUCGUCUAGUGAAUCCCAUAGGAAUGCAUUGAAUUUUUUUUUUAAAAAAAUUUGCCCAUAGGAAUGCAUUAAUUGAAUUUAAAUGCAUUCCUAUGGGAAACUGCGAUUCGGUAGACAAUUUUUUCACAAAACGAAUUCGUCUUACAAGGCAACCUCCGAUCGCAAAACCCAUUCGUCUAGCGAAAAAUUAGUCUAGCAGGGCAUUCGUCUAGCGAGGUACCACUGUAAGUCAUAUUGAAUUCAAUAGUGCUAACUCACAGGGAAGUAGGAUUGCUGCCUUAGAUUGCUAGAUUCCAGUGCAGAUUUCCUCUUCCUUAUGUUCUUCUUUAUACAUACAUACACCCGGGGGGGGGGGAGAGAAAGAAUAGAUAAGAUAUAUGCUUACCCACGACACCUACCUCCACCACUUCCCCUUCCCCCCUGACAAAAUCAGCAGCCCCCUCCCUUUGGAGCUCUCCAAAUAACCUACCCAUAGAGCUUGCCACCUAUCUGCCUUAGUCUCCCUUCUCCCUUCUCCACUAAACUUCUCCUCGCCCUCCAAUGCUGCUUUGAUGACCCAGCAGCUCUCAGAAGGCUGUUAUAACGCUGUUGUUUGCUGAGCCACCUAUUGGUAGCCAAGCAAACUGUGUGAUGACAGCCAUACCUUUUUAUUAUAGGUAAGAUUUUGCAUGUAUAUAUAUACACACAGGCACACACCAAAAUAAAAUAUGGUUUGUCAUGAUCCUUGUUAAAUGGUUCAUUGUAUGUAACCUGUGGACACGGAAGUCAACAUUGGCCACCAACUAAACCCUUGUGUUAGAACUGCCUCUGCGGUCAAAGGUUAAUGUAGCUAGGAGAGGAAAACAAGCUAUAGUUAGCAACAAUGCAAACAAACUUAUGGAUGAAUGCCAUUGGAAUAGUUUUUGAAGUUGCUUUCUAUAGCAUACCCCCUAGCUGCAAAUAUUCCAUCCUCCCUCUUUCCCAGGAAAUAACAAUGCUUCAAAUGACAGGUUUUGUUUUUAGAACCAAAUUCUUGCCAGUUUUGCUCCUGGCCAGAGUACAAUACUGUGUCUCAAAUUCUUUCAUCACAUAACCAUUAUAUGCUUGCCAUUUUUCAUUUUUAGGUAGAGGUAGUUUUUUUUCCCCUUUCCGCACAUUACUCUUUAAUCGUGAACAUUGUGUUUAAAACCUCUGAAGUAUAUCUCCCCCUGAAAGCACAAGUUUUUGCUAUUCAGUGAAAGUGCAUGCUUUUGUCAGGUCCUCAACCAAGAGUUUGGACAGUGUUAACAUUUUGUUUUCCUCAGUCUUAAUUACAGUAAUACAGGCAGGUGUGGGGGUGCCACACUUCUGUUGAACGGUGAUAGGGAUGAAUUGAACAAUCCACUAUUUUUUUGGAAAUAUAUAUUUUAAUCCAAACUAUAUUUGUUAAAUCCAAACUGUCCUGUUAAAUUUUAUAGCUCCAGAUCUUACAUCCUACAAUUAUUUUCAUCUUAGGACAUGACAUGCACCUUGUUCUAUCUUAGUUAUAGGUAUGGAGAAUCAGAACAUACCCGGUAUGUUUCCUGACAAAGUUUAGGAAUCUAUUUACAUUGCUUUCCCUGCUUGACCUCCGCCCCAACACCUCAGCUCAGAUUGGGUGGAGAUCAUUGAGCCCCGUUCUCGAGAGAGAAUGUAUGUCAACUUGACAACCGGCGAGUGUGGCUGGGAGCCACCGUCCAACCUCAGAGUUCGUCAGUCAGAUGAGAACCAGUGGUGGGAGCUCUUUGACCAAAACAACAACCGUUUCUACUACUACAAUGCCAUCACACAGCAGACAGUGUGGCAUAGGCCACAGGGUUGUGACAUUGUGCCACUGGCUCAGCUCCAAGCCAUGAAACGCAAUUCCAAGUCUGACUUCAGGACAUCCCAGCACAGGGGCAGCACAAGUAGUGACGGGCGAAACACUCCCGUCCAGAUGGCUCUCUUGCAGGAGAUGGAGAAGGAUAAAGAGGAUAACAGCCUGGAGAAGAGACCAGAGACUGGAAGAGACACCCCUACCCGGUGGCAGCCUUUACCAGGGACUAAAGCAGCCAUGCUGGUCAAAGUCAACAGUCUGAGACAAGUUAAUUCCACCUCGAGCAAUUCGCUUCAGAUGCAGAACAGCACAGAAACCAGCAGCCAGAAAUCUCUGCAUGCAAAACAAGUUAUAUAUGCCCAACCUCAGGCUAUAACCCCAAAUCCAGCAAUGCAGAAACCAGUAGCUUCAGCAGAAACAAAACAAUCAAUGCAAAUUAAGAAGACAGAGAAUGGAGGGUUUUGUCUAGUGUUAACUAAUGGGCUCAGUAGUCCUUCAGGAAGUCAGACGCAAACAUCACAGCCUUCAUCUCCCAAGUAUGCUUCUCCAGCACCAAUAUAUGAUGAGCCAUCAAUUGAUUCCCCAAUUUAUGAUGAGCCCCCUGUAGAUAUGGACACUGGGAUUGUAAAUGUGAAUGGGACAACUCCACAAAUGUCGCCAAGCAACAGCUUAAAUAAGAAACCCCAACCAGUUAAAUUAUUACAGCAUCCAAGUAUGCAGCAAGCUGGAAAAAAGCAUGUGAGAAACCCAUCUGCAACAGAGUACAGCCCUGUUGGAAGAGAAUAUAUUAAACAUAUGGUCAAUGUUGACCAAUCAUCCAGAAAUCCUAACUCUACAGGUGUGAUAGUUGAUGGUGUUGCUAAACCACAGCUAGGGCAGCUUAGUUCCAGGGACAGCUUCAAACAAUCUUGGAAAAUCUUGGAGGCCAACGUUCUCAAAAAUAUGGAGGCCCACCACAGUCGGCAAAACAGUCUUCAGGUUCAAGAGUAUCCUACAGUUAUAAGUCAGCAAGACUCUGGCUAUUCAACAGGACCUUCUCCAAGCCUGAGAAAGAGAAAAGGAAGGCGACAAGCUCCUGGCCAGGGAAGACCUGGCUCUGUGGGAAGCAACAGUGAACUCAGUGCUCUGAAUGACAAGCUGAUUGCAGAAAUGCGUGCUGUGGUGAAUCGAUCAGCAGCCUGCAGAGGAAGUAAAGGUAGCUUAGAUGCAGAAAUGCUGGAAAAUGCUAGUUUGCCAGAGGGUAACAAAAUUAAGUUCCAGUCGGAGCGCUUGAAAAAAUGUAAUAGGAGCUCAAGAGAUGAUGUGACUUCUAGUAACAGGUCAUUAUACAGACCUCGAAUGGACAGUAGAGGGAGCCUCUCAAAUGAUCCAGCAGUACAGCAAGACACAGUGAGGCAGAAGAGAACCUACGAAAAAAUAGAUUCUUUAGAAAAGAAUGUGUCCAGUCAGAUAAAUAUGUCUUCGUCUGAAUCAGCACAGAUACCAUCCCAGCCUGGAACAAUAAGGUCUGAUUCCCAGCAAGAAAAUAAUGACCAGCCUGGCACCACCAUGGGGUAUCAGUUUCCCUUCCACACCAUACGAAAGCCUAUCUCUCAAAGCAGCAUGGCCGACUGGGCCUCGAAAAACCUAAAUAUGCACACUCAGGGCAUCUUUCGCCGAAGGCUCUCCAUUGCCAACAUGCUCUCCUGGAACGGUGGCUCCAUCAAAAAGCCAAUGCUCAUCACCAGCAACCACACCAUUAAAAAGGAAGCUUGUGAAAUAUUUAAACUGGUGCAAAUCUACAUGGGUGACCGCCAGGCUCGGAUGGACCGGGAUCAUGUGGCUUUGAUCACUGUUGCUAAGUGCUGGAGCAUUCAAGGUUUACGGGAUGAGCUGUACAUACAACUGAUUAGACAAACAACAGACAAUAUGUGCUACCGAAGCCUGGCAUGGGGCUGGGAACUCAUGGCCAUCAGUCUGGCCUUUUUCUCCCCAUCACCCAAGUUCCAGUCUUAUCUAGAAGGCUAUAUCUAUCGUCAUCUCAACCAGGUCAAUGAUGAAAAUAUUACCCAGCGCAUUAAGGAGCUUCUGGAUAUGAAAAACAAAAAGAACUCAAAAUCCAGGAAAAAGAGGAAGCAAAAUACAGAGGAUGAAGGUCUGCCUAUCAGCACUUAUGCCAGAUACUGCUACCGGAAGCUGCAAAAAGUUGCAGUCACUGGAGGCAAAAAGGGUCUCCGGAAGCCUAUAAUUGAAGAGAUAAUACAUGCCAAGAAUGCUAUUGUAACACCUUCAUUGUUUGGCAGUUCUCUGGAGGAAAUCAUGUUACGGCAGCAGGACAUGUAUCCUGAUAACAAGCUACCUUGGGUACAAACACAGCUGUCUCAGCAAGUUUUGGAACUGGGGGGAGAACAGACUGAGGGAAUAUUCAGAAUUCCUGGUGACAUUGAUGAAGUCAAUGCACUCAAGCUGCAGGUUGAUCAGUGGAAAAUUCCUAACAACGUUGGUGAUCCCAAUAUACCAGCUUCUUUGCUGAAGCUGUGGUAUCGGGAGCUGGAGGAGCCUGUCAUCCCACAGCAAUUCUACAAAGAGUGUAUCAGCAACUAUGAGAACCCUGAUGCUGCUGUAGCAGUAGUGGAACUCCUGCCUGAGCUCAACAAAUUGGUUUUGUGUUACCUCAUCCACUUCUUACAGAUUUUUGCUCAGCCAACCAAUGUGGGCAAAACCAAGAUGGACGUAAACAACUUGGCCAUGGUGAUGGCCCCAAACUGUCUGCGAUGCCAGUCUGAUGAUCCCAGAGUUAUCUUUGAAAACACUCGCAAAGAGAUGUCCUUCUUGCGCAUGCUAAUUGUGCACUUGGACACCAGCUUUAUCAAAGGAGUGGUGUGAAGGGUUGGCUUCAGGCAACACCAUGUGAAGGGAGCAAGGAUCUCUUGCCAGUAUUACCUUCUUUGAGCCAUGGAUCUUCCCCUCUGCAGGCUCCAGGUUCCUCGGGUUGCUUCUGUUGCUUCGACAGCUGUUUCCUCACCCCAGCAACACCGCUAAUGUCUCCAAGGAAACCCCAUAAUAAUGAGGUCAUCAUACUAGAAAGGGUUUUGAAGCAUCAGGGAGCCAACUCUCAGACCAUGCUGUGAGGGCACUCCUAAGAACCUGCAGCAGUUGAUUCCUAGGAAGUCAAGAUGCCAGAGGCAGCAGCCACUGCAUUGUCAAAGCACAAAAGUUGGAACCAUUUUGCAUUGCACUGGGAAUCCACUGCACGUUCAAAGUGGAAUUGUUUAUUGGGAACCAACUGCUCUCAGAUACUGGGAUUUUGCUUCCACCACCUGAAGAUUGGAAACUUCGCUAAUCAAGCUUCACCCCCAGAAGGAAAAGGGUUGUUGUCUCAGGCUGCUAUAGCAUAUAUCCUGCCUCGGAGCAAACCUGCUGCAGCCAGUGCUGCCAUUCAAAUUGCUGGCUGCAUCCUUCUCCAACUCUUUUACCUCUCUUUGCUACCUUAAAACACACCACUCUUACCAAAGGUUCAGUUUGGCAGCACUGGAUGAGCUGUAGCUUCCGAUCCAGGUUGACUCUCCUCAUGCCUGCAGUACUUUCACUACUCAAUUCAUAUUAGAAGGACCAAGUGGAAGGCAUUGUUGGAAACCAAGGUCAAGCUAUUUAACAGCAACCUUUUUCCACAGUGAAAAACAGUCAUGGACUGGAGUUUGGGAGACUGCCUGUUGCUUUCUUCUCCUGCUGUAUAGUACCUUAGAAAGAGGCUGAUUAAAUGCCGAGCUAUUUUUUUUAGCCCAGAUAUACUUUUUCAUUGUUUGGGUUAGAUGUCUCAAAUGGCAAAGAUCCUUGUCCCCUUGAGUUAAAGCUAAGUCACAGCAAUGUAAAUAGCUUACAGAUUGUUUCUCCAGAAAGGAACUUUCUCUAUAUGUUAAAAACUGCAGUCAAUUAUGACUCCUGUUGCUUUUCUCCUCCUUAGUCCAAUAUAGACUAAAAUCGGGUAUCAAGUUGUUGUGAAGAUGUUAUGAGCAAACAUGAUCAGCUUGAAGGCUUUUACUGAGCUCAAGAUAUGCCUUUUGUGUUCUGCUUCCCACUCAGGCUUACAAAGCCAAACUAGACAUAACAUGAGAACUCCUUGAUCAGAUCUCCUGCUAUCUAUUUCUUUGGUUAAAAGAAGCUGUAGGGAGGCUGAACUGGUUUGGAGUUGAACCCUUCGUGUCCUUUGCACUUUCCAGAUUUAAAUUGCCCUUCCAAAGCUGCUGUUAGCUGAGAAGCUUGAUGCAGUGUGGUAGGAAAGCCAGUAUCCGUAUAAUACCUGUCUCUUCCCUCAUCUCUGAACUUUAAGUUGGGCAAAUAGUGAGAGGAGUAAAGGGUUAAGUCCCCACCAGUGACUGCUUUUUAAACGAAAGGGAAAAAAACAUUGGGAGAUCUGAUCAUGGAUUUCCUUCAUCCGUAAUAGUUAGGACCUCAGUCAAUACUUCUGGUUUGAAAAACACAGGUUGUAGUCUUAAGGUAGAAGAGAGCAAUUAUGCUAAGCAAGAAGAACAGUUUGAUGCCAUAACACUCUGAACUUCAUUUCACCCUUUCCCAGAAAGUUGGAUUUUUCUCACCGAGGCUGAAGUCUUCUGACCACUUUGCCCCUCCACCAGUCAGGGAGUCCUUGCUGAUUAAAGGGAAGGGGUAGGAGUAAGACUGCUGCCUCAGUACUUCCACACCUUUCUCUUGCCACUUCGC